UGCAACACUGACUGUUUCCAGCGCAGUUUCUCCCCCCUUUUUUAAAGACCUACACCCACGAUCUCCCCCCUCUCCUCCUCCUGCAGCCUCCAGACCGGCUUCCGUCGCCAUGCCGUCGCUCCGGUACCGCCUGUCGGUGUCCGCGGUGCUGUGGAUCGGGCUGCUGUGGAGCCGCGUCUCAGCGGGAGAUAAAGAAGCCCCCACCUCCACCUCCACCUCCACCCAGCCUCCAUCAGUGACAUUGGGAAGCACAAAGGAGAAUCCCCCCAGAUCCAGAGCCUCCCUGGCCGGAGGUAUGCUCAUGUCGGUUCUGACCCAGAGAGUCCGGCUGGUCUCCCAGAGGGGGGACGCCGUGCCCUCCGCUCUGCCCCAGAGCCUGCUGCCUCUCCUGGGCAGAGGGCUCAGCGUGGGGCCUCUCCCUGGAGCUCAGGGGUUACUGCGGAGGGGGAAACCUCCGUCAGCUGCAGGGCCAGGAGCAGGCAGCGCUCCAACCGCCGAGCCGACACACACACACUCCCCCUCGCUGCUGCCAAACACAGACACACACACUCCUGAGCCGGAGGAGAUCACCACUGUGGUCACCAUCCUGGACGAGGACCCCGAGACGGAGGCUCCAUUGAUGGGUGUGCAGAGCUGCAUGGUGAAUUUCUCCGAGCCCGAGGGCUACAUCGACUCCUCUGACGACCCCCCCCUCCCCGACGGAGCCUUCCUGCACUGCACCUACACCGUCACCGUGUACAACGGCUAUGGAGUGGAGCUGCAGGUGAAGAGCGUGAACCUGUCAGAGGGCGAGCAGCUGUCGAUCCGCGGAGCAGACGAGCGCGGCGCCCUGCUGGUUCUGGCCAAUCACACGCUGCUGGUGGAGGGUCAGGUGAUCCGCAGCCCGACCAACACGCUGUCCGUCUACUACCGCUCGGCACCGGAGAGCAGCAUGGGCCUCUUCCAGCUGCACUACCAGAUCUUCCGGCUGAGCUGCGCCCUGCCCAAGAGGCCUCACUUCGGGGAGGUGUCGGUGCUCGACCUGCUGCCCGGAGGCGUCGCCCGUUUCCACUGCCACAUGGGAUACCACCUGCAGGGGGGGGCCCAGCUCACCUGCCUCAACGCCUCGCUGCCGGUGUGGAGCGGCAAGGUGCCCAUCUGCAGGGCUCUCUGUGGGGGGACGGUGAAGAACGCCACCGUGGGUCGGGUGCUCUCCCCCUCCCCCCACCACGGGCCCAACGCCACCCAGGACCGGUCCUGCUCCUGGGCCCUGGAGGCCCCCAAAGACCAGAGGCUGCACCUCCACCUGGAGAGGCUCGCCCUUGGGCCCACUGACAGGCUGGUUCUGUGGUCCGGUCUGGAUGCUGGUUCUGUGGUUCUGUUUGACUCGGGGCGGGGGGGUCAGAUCCCUUUUGAGGGGGUGAUCAGCGAAGGCCCGGCGGUCAGAAUCCAGUUCAUCACGGACCAGCCCAACCACAACACGGGCUUCAACAUCCGAUUCGAAGCGUUCGAGCGCGGCCACUGCUACGAGCCGUACCUGCAGAACGGGAACUUCACCACCUCUGACCCGCUGUACGGCGUCGGCGCUGUGAUCCAGUUCAGCUGCGACCUGGGUCACUCUCUGGAGCAGGGCCCCCCCGUCAUCGAGUGCAUCAGCGCCAGAGACCCGUACUGGAACGACACCGAGCCACUGUGCAAAGCUCAGUGCGGGGGGGACCUGGCCGGGCCGGGGGGGGUCAUUCUGUCUCCCAACUGGCCCGAGUGGUAUGGAGAGGGGGAGGACUGCAGCUGGAGGAUCCACGUGGGGGAGGACAAACGGGUGCUGCUGGACGUCCAGCUGCUGAACAUCAGCGACAGCGACAUCGUGACUAUCACAGACGGAGACGAGGUGACGACCCGUAUCCUGGGGCGCUACGUGGGAGGAAGUACUCCCUUCAAGCUCUCCUCGUCCACCCCCGACCUCACCAUCACCUUCCACUCAGACCCGGCGGGGCUCGUCUUCGGGAAGGGGGAGGGCUUCAUCAUCAACUACAUGGAGGUGUCCCGGAACGACUCCUGUCCAGACCUGCCCGAGAUCCAGAACGGCUGGAAGACCACGUCCCACAUCGCGCUGGUUCGAGGGGCUCGGAUAACCUACCAGUGUGACCCGGGAUACGACCUGGUGGGACGGGAGACCCUCACCUGUCAGCUAGACCUCUCCUGGAGCUCUCAGCCUCCGUUCUGUGAAAAGAUCAUGUACUGCUCAGACCCGGGCCACGUGGAGCACUCCACCCGCUCCCUGUCCGACCCCAAGCUCUUGGUGGGGACGACGAUUCAGUACAGCUGCAACCCCGGCUUCAUCCUGCAGGGCGGCGCCACCAUCACCUGCUACGGCCGCGAGCCCGGCACCCCCGUGUGGACGUCCAAACUCCCCCACUGUGUUUCGGAGGAGUCGGUUUCCUGUGAGAACCCCGGUCUGCCAGACAACGGAUACCAGAUCCUGUCCAAGAGGCUCUACCUGCCUGGGGAGUCGCUCACCUUCGUCUGUUACCAAGGCUACGAGCUAAUUGGAGAGGAUGAGAUCAAGUGCAUCCUGGGAAGCCCGUCGUUCUGGAGCGGCCCCCUCCCGUUCUGCAUGGCCUACACUCGCUGCUUUGACCACCAUGAUCUGGAAGUUGCUCGAGCGACCGCAGGCUCCACGAUGGACGGAGGAAACAUAGCGCUGGCCAUCUUCAUCAUCGUUCUGGUUCUGUCCGUGCUGCUCGGGGGGGCUUAUGUCUACGUCACACGGUGCAGGUAUCACUCCAACCUGAGGCUUCCUCUGAUCUACCCCCACCCCUACCGACAGAUCACAGUGGAGACGGAGUUCGAUAACCCGCUGUACGAGACCGGAGGAGACUCUCGUGAAUAUGAAGUAUCGAUAUGAAGAAGGAGUAUCUGGACAGCCCCCCCAUCCUGACUCCUCCUCCUCCCCUCCUCCCUCCUUCUCCUCCCAGCAGGAGGCCAAUGUAAAUAGAUAGAUGAUGUCCAGCCCCUUCUGCCACGAGACGCAAAGACUGAUGAUGCUGAAGGCAUGAUGGGAAACAGGAAGCAGGAGAGGAAGCAGGAAACAUGAGAAGGAGUCAGUGUUGAACUUUAAAGCGCCGGGAGGAGAAGGAGGACGGAGGGGAAACAGAAAUCAUCGAACAUGGUGAGAGAAGAGGAGGUGUAGGGUGUGAGAUGGAAGUAAAGGGGCAGGACACAGGGAGAGGAAGUAGAGGGGAUUAAAACACUUUUAGUAUAUUUUUUAAUUGGAAAAUGUAUUGAAAGUCUCCUGGAAAAUGUCCCUAAACGGGUUGUAAUCCUUAAGCUUUUGUUCAGAGGUUUUAUGCAGAUUUCCCCGUAAAAUGCCAAAGUGUUGCCACAGAACAAUCUCUCUGUGGGUCAGAAAGGGUUUACUGAGUCCAGAGAUAUGGAGAUGGGGUCAGAUGUCUGGUCAGACGGCAGAGACAGCUUACGGAGAAUGAAUAGGGGAUGGAUGUCCGGGGGGUCUGCGGGGGACGAGUGGCAGGCAGCAGGCUGACACUGAGACUGAGAUUUCUGAUCCUUUCUUUACUCUCCUUUUUUUCUGGAGAGGAAGUAAAGGAACCGGAGCUCUGGAUCUAUCUGUUGUUGGAGGUGCGAUAUCUGACUCAGCAGCUUUAAGACCUGAAGACACUUUUAUUUUAAGCUUUGCUCUUAUGCAGGAUUUUCACUUGAAAGUGGGCGGGGCUUAAUUUGCACAGGAAGUGACGUUAUUUUUCUAGAAAAAAACCCUGAAUAAGUUCUGCUUCUACUCACAUGUUAUUAGUGUGUGCAAAGAAUAUUAAUGUUUGUUUGCAGAAUAAGAUUUGUACUAAUUUGUCUUGAAAACGGAGGGAAAUGGGGAUUAUUGGUUUGCAAAAUUGAUUGACAGCUCUGUAUUGCAGUCGAUCUAUUAACACAUCCAUAGUCUGAAGAAACUCAUCAACUUCCACAACUGAAACCUUAAGGAUUACAACGUUAAAUCGGGGUCUUGUGGAUAAAUUUGCAGGUGAAAAAUUGGAUUUCUUUCACUUAAUUUUGACACUGCUGUAACUUUGUCCUGCCCCCCCCUUGACCCCCACCUGCAGAAAGGCUUUUUUACCCCUGCAGGUCCAGCUCUGGCUUUAAUCGUAUUUAAAUCAAUGAGUCUGAGUCUCCAGGUCUGGACCCGCUGAUUUCUAAAAAAGGAAAUUGUAAAAUAGCUGCAGACUGCGGAAGGUUUGCGAUGUAAACAAAGCGUAGAGACGGACGGAGCUCAAUCAAACCCACCAGAUGAUGUAAUUUAUUUUGAUGUACUGUACAUGUGAUGUUUUAUGCAGAUUGAUAAAUGUACAUUUUCAUUAUGAGAACAAAUGUUAACAGUUUCCCAAAAUAAAUGGAAUAAAACUUUGAAUAAAAAAAUCUACAAAAUACUUUUUAAA